AUGUCAGUUCUUAAAACAACUUUCCUUGGUAAGGUUAAAUUCUACUUGAAAUCAGUGAUCUUUGGAACCCUUAUUGCUGGGUGUGCCUUGUAUGGUGUGUUUGCAUCAAUAAUUUUAAGACUUAUCGGUAAAGGUGAAUAUGCUCAAUAUACUGUUGCCAGGGCAUUUUAUUAUACCUUUAACUUAUUCUUGGGAUUGAAAAUUACCAUGAAGAAUGAGAAAUACUUGAAAGAUCUCCCAGCUAUUGUUAUUUCAAAUCAUCAAUCUGCUUUGGAUAUUUUCGUUUUGGGUCAAAUUUUCCAACCAGGUUACACUGUCACUAGUAAGAAAUCUUUGAAAUACGUACCAUUUUUGGGUUGGUUUAUGGCUUUAUCGGGAACUUUCUUUUUGGAUAGAAGCAAGAGUGCUGCUGCUAGAAAGGUUUUGAACAGUGCUUUGCUCCAAUUGAAAGAUAAAGGAAGAGCCUUGUUUAUAUUCCCAGAAGGUACAAGAUCAGGUUCAGAAGAAUUGGAAAUGUUACAAUUUAAAAAAGGUGCUUUCCAUUUAGCCAAAGAAGCAGGUAUCCCAAUUAUCCCAGUUGUUGUAUCCAACACUUCUCCAAUUUUCAAUUCUAAGAGAAAAAUUUUCAACACGGGUGAAAUUAAAAUCGAAGUCUUACCACCUGUUUCUACAGCCAAUAUUGAAUCCAAUGAGGAUGUCACCAACCUUUGUAACAAUAUCAGAGAUGAUAUGGUCAAAACCUUGAAGAAGAUUGGUUAUUCAAGAACUCCAAUCUCAAAAUUAGGACAAAACCCAUACGCACCUAAAGCUGAUGAAACUACUGACGAAGAAAUUGUAACUGAAACUACCCCAUUAAAUGGAUCAAAAUAA